AAAUACUACAACUGCUACCACCCUCCCUCCCUCCCUCCAGAAGAUGAUGAUGGUAUAGGACAAGCAGAAGCAUUUUCUUCCUUUCCAAAUCGGAGUUGUUGUGCUGUGUUGUAUUUUGUUGUGUUGUGUGCAUAUUGCUGCUACUUGUGCCGGAUUGGCGAUUACUGCUGCAGCAACAGGGCUGUGACAAGGAAUACGGUGACGACAGAGGGCGAGAGAGAGCGCGGGAGAGAGCGAGCGAGAGAGAGAGAGAGCGAGAGAGAGUGUGGCAAUUGGGUCUGGCUAUCUCCCUGCUGUGCACUGAAGAGAGGGGGAGAGAGGGCGUGGAAUGGAAGGAGGAGGGCUCUUCACUAGACCUUGAACAGAAGAGGGGGAGAGAGUGAGAGAGAGUGAGAGUGUCCAUGGAUUUCUACAAUUCUGCUUUGGGUGUUUCGACUCAAGCAUCGUCGUCGCUUUCUUCCGCAGCGAAGCAUUCCUGCUGCUUUGCCCAUCCGCACCCCAAUUUCCACUUCUCCAAACUGCGUCAACAUGCCGCUCUUGUCACCGCUCUACCGCUUUGCCGUAACCGCCACUUCAGCCGACACAGUGUGGUCGAAUCUCGCAACCCAUCGUUGGGGAUUGUGAGCGCAGUUGGCGAGCGCCUGUGCAAUGGCGAUGUCCGCAACCAUGGCAGCUCGACAUCCGAUUCCAAUGAUGGUGAUGAUGAUGUAGCUGCUUUCUUUGCCAGAAAAGCCACUUUCGAGCGUAUCCAGAGUUCCGGUAUCGUUGCCUGCCUGCGCUCAGACAAUGAAGAGGUUGCAUUGAAUGCCGGUCGUGCGGCACUGAAUGGCGGAGUUUCUGUGUUGGAGGUGACAAUGAGGACGCCAGGGGCUGCCCAGGUCAUCAGCAAGCUUGUGGAGGAGUAUCCAUCAGCAACCAUAGGGGCUGGUACGGUAUUGACACAGGAGGAUGCAGAAAGGGCCAAAGAAGCAGGGGCAUCAUUUUUGAUGAGCCCUGUGGCAAACAAGGAUCUCAUUGAGGCGCACUGCAGGAGUGAAGUUCUGUUCGUACCUGGAGUGAUGUCUCCAUCCGAGAUUCUUCAAGCUCGGAGAUGGGGUGCCUCAUGCCUGAAGUUAUAUCCAGUGUCUCUUGUUGGAGGAAUGGAGUUCGUCAAACUGCUGAAGCGUUUGCAUCCAAGCAUGCCAAUCAUUCCUGCAAAUGGCAUAUCCUUGGAUGUGGUAGAAGGGUAUCUGCAAGCAGGAUCGACCGCAGUGGUGGCAUCGGAUGCCAUCUUCAACAAGUCUUCUCUGGCCCGCCAUGACUACGCUGUAAUAUCGCAGCAAUCGAAGAUAGCUGCUGCAAUGGGCUCUGAGACAACAAGAGGGGAUACGAGUACUUUGAAGUAUACAAGAGGUGGGCUAAGAGGCAGAGCAGGAACAUGAAGUGCACAUGGAUGUGAGAGAGUUUGCAAUUAGGGAGUGGGGAGCAUGGUUUGGAGCAUUUCAGGGUGUGAUGCAAAUGCAGCCCGUGUUGGGGACCCACAGUGUUGUGUGUAGGAUCGCAAUUGUUGCAAUCAGUUUAUGAAGCCAUGCAAGUGUUUUUUUCUGGUUUGUUUA